AUGGCUCGAACCAAGCAGACCGCUCGCACAUCCACUGGUGUGAAAGCCCCCCAUGAACAGCUGCCCACCAAAGCGGCCAGGAAGAGCGCUCCCUCUACCGGCGGGGUGAAGAAACCUCAUCGCUACAGGCCCCGCACCGUGGCGCUCAGAGAGAUGCGUCGUUACCAGAAAUCCACUGAGCUGCUUAUCCCUAAGCUGCCUUUCCAGAGGUUGGUGAGGGACAUCGCCCAGGAUUUCAAAACCGACUUGAGGUUUCAGAGUGCGGCCAUUGGUGCGCUUCAGGAGGCGAGUGAAGCGUACCUGGUGGGUUUGUUUGAAGAUACUCAUCUGUGUGCCAUCCACGCUAAGAGAGUCACCAUCAUGCCCAAAGACAUCCAGUUGGCUCGCUGGAUACGGGGAGAGAGCUGA